GGGACCGAGAGAGAGUCGCGGUAAAUAGCCUGAAACCGGCCACGAGACGCAGCCCCAUUCCGGCUUUUGGCAAGCGACGCCGCCGCUCUCUUCUCCUCCUUCUCCGCCGCUGCCGCCGCCUCCUAACAAGAGUGACCUUUUUCCCUCCGCUGUAUUAUGUCUGGCUGCUUAAGGGAUUGCGUGCAGCAACUGAUACAGCGCCUGAUUUCCUCCAGCUCGGCUCCAAGCAAGCUGCUUUAGGUAUACAAAUGCUCUCUGUCCAGCCAGACACCAAACCGAAAGGUUGUGCUGGCUGCAACCGUAAGAUCAAGGACAGGUAUCUCCUCAAGGCCCUGGACAAAUACUGGCAUGAGGACUGCCUGAAAUGUGCCUGCUGUGAUUGCCGUUUGGGGGAAGUGGGCUCUACCUUGUACACCAAAGCCAACCUUAUCCUCUGCCGCCGAGACUACCUAAGGUUAUUUGGUGUGACUGGAAAUUGUGCAGCCUGUAGCAAGCUUAUCCCUGCGUUUGAGAUGGUGAUGAGAGCCAAGGACAACGUUUACCACUUGGACUGUUUUGCGUGUCAACUGUGUAAUCAGAGAUUUUGCGUGGGAGACAAAUUUUUCCUAAAGAACAACAUGAUUCUCUGCCAGACGGACUAUGAAGAAGGUUUAAUGAAAGAGGGCUAUGCACCCCAAGUCCGCUGAUUCGGCCCCUCCAAACUUCUCUGAUUAUGGAAGCCCAUCGUUGUUUUCUCUUUCUUUCUGUUCUUUCCUUCUCUUUUUAACAUGUAUAUAAGAAAUGACACCAGAACCUACUAAAUAGCAUAGAUAUAGGGAGACAAAAUGAUCCUGUGGAAUAAAAAGAGAACUGCACUUAUCUGUAGUAAAAAAUUGCACCUGUUCGCGCCUGGAUGUCCAUUAAAAAUAUUGUACAUACUGCUGAAAGUUUAGUUUUGAUUUUGGCUUGCUGGUUUUGGGAUGGGUUUUUUUUUUCCCCUUUUGUGUCCUUUGGCAUGAGAUGCUUAUUUUGGACUAAUGUACAUAAUAUAUUGUAAGAUUUGAAGCACAAAUGUAAUACAGUUUUAUUGUGUUACUAUUUGUGUUCCCGUUUGCUUCUUUGUAUUGUUGCAUUUAGUACAAUCGGUGUCUAAACUUUAUGAUAUAUUUAUGCUUUCUGUAUCUACCAGCUAUUUUGAAAAAACUAUAUCUUUCUAGUAAAACCAACAAGCAAGGUGGGGGGGGGGGAGAGAAAGAGAUUUUAAGAGCUCAUCCCAUUGUAUUCUUCUCUGUAUCGGAAGCUGUACAACUGUGCAACAUUGACCCUUGAACUAUUCGAAUUAAAAAUAACAGAUGAGAUUGAGCCAAUGUUAAGUACCUCCUUCCACUGAAAUGGAUAGGACAUAUUUAAGUGCAUGCUUAACUCUUCUGUUUAAAUCAGUGGGCUUUAGAAUUGCUUAACUUUUUACUAGAUUAUAAUGCUAGCAACAGACAGUGCUGAAAUUGCUGUGGUCCGAAAUAUUUUAGAAGAUCGUUGGAAACCUGCUGCUACUUUUUCCUUUAAGAAAAGAAAUGAUGUUAGCUCUUUUCAUUCACUCUGCGUAUUGAAAAUUACUUCCCGUUUUGCCAUAAUUAUUUGGGCAUGGCUGUUUUCAACUUUUUCCAAGCAGGUCUUUCAUUCUUUUGGGGGCUGCUGUGCUCCACACCCUCCCUAAGAAAAUAUAAUAUUCUCCAUUUCCAAUAUAUCUGGGAAUGAGGAGCUGAGCCCCAACGCAAUUCAGUGCCUUUGGGUGUCAUGUAAGAUAUUUUAUAUGUGUAUAUAUAAAUAUUUCUGAAGUUAUUUUAAUGUAGCAUAGUGAUUUCUGCUCCUGUACAGGAGCAUAUUAUUUUAAAAAAGAAAAACACCCUCAGUGUCUUUCCUAAAUUUCAUCUUGUCCGGUGGAUUUUAAGAGAUGGUGUGAUCAAUCCCAACUUGCAAUAUUGACCAUGAGUGCCCUCUUGAGGUUGCUAUCUAUGUGCUAAUGCAAGACAACUGGACCGGUGUCUGUCCCACCAUGGUGGCAGUGCCUUCAUGCCGGAGACUGACCAAAACCCUGUUUCAUCGUUCAGAAGCGCGAUCCUCUGUUUUGCUUUGGCCUGCCAUUUGUGGAAACAAAUGAAACGCCUCCAGUAGAGCCCUAAGGUUUUUUAGCAUCUGUUCUUUUGUAGAUGUGUUUGCUCAAAACUUAACUGGAUAUUGUAUUUUUUUUUUCCGUUCGUUCGUUUGUUUCUUAAUUUAUUGU